AUGGCUUCCGCGACUCCAGAAACUCUAUUGCUAGGAGAAACCGUCGUGACAGCCCCUACAGUCUUGACGCUCCUCAACACUACUUUGUCCACCAUUACCCAGCAAGAUAUUGAUGGAUCUGGUGGAAGCCUAAAAAUCACCAACGUGAAUGUACAGCCUACAACGCAGACGGUGCCAACAGCAGCUAGCACGGGGUUUUUAGAGACAAAUUCAGCAAGCCAAGAAAGAACCUCAUCCAGCGCGUCAUCUACAGACCGGAAUGAUGAAAAGCCAACUGACCAGGGAGAUUCAUCGGAAAGAUCAUCAGGUGGACUCAAAGGCGGCCCUGUCGCUGGAGUUGCCAUCGGCUGCCUCGUUGCUGGCCUUGCUCUGGGACUCAUAGCAGCCUUUCUCCUUUUGCGGAGACGGCGGAGAGUCAAACCAGCAAACGAAGGAUUCGUCUUAGCAGAUCAAAAGUAUACAGAACCCAAGGAUGGGCCACAGGUCAUAGUUUCAUCGUCGAGGCACGAUGCUGAACUCAGCCAGUUUCUUCUCGAGGCAACUCCUGACAAGGACCUCCAAGCAGAGUUGCGCUCACUCUCCGAACUCAUUUACCAACAUGUCGAGAACUAUUACCGUCGACCCCAAGUCCAGGCCGACCCGGCUGAGGUGGCUCAGAGCCUUAUCAAUAUUGGCUACUCACCAGAAGCGUCAGGACUGCAGGCAGAUACAGUUGCUGCCAUUUGCCUCAGCCCCAAGACGUCUCAAGCUGGACUUCGUCAUGUCCUCUCGCAUGCCAUCUUUCGGAGCCUCGAUUUCAAUUCUGGCAGCAGCUUGUCCAUGCUUCCACUAGCGGUUGCAACACUGGCGCAAGGAAGCCACUCAGCUGAAAACACAAACAAUCCUGCAAUUGUCUUGGCACGUUCCAGGUGGCGCACACUCUCUGCUCUGCUUCUCCAUCCUAACCCGGAUGAGAGAACACCACUCCCGGUGUCAGUGACAGAAGCUUCCCCUAUGGCUCUGUCAUUUGCGAAUAAGCUUAAUCGAUUCUUGGAGAUGUUUGCUGCAAAGGAUUCGGCUAGCCAACAGGAUCAGAUGAACCAUCUACAGGCUGUCAUUCUCGAGUGUACCAAACUGGGCUAUGUCGUUCUAUCACAGCCGAGUGACUUGAGGUUCGGUUGUGGUGUGUCCUGGUUUGGAAAGGCUGAGCCAAAACGAUGGAAUGAGGUAUAG